UGAAGAUUAAACCGAAAGUACUAUACAUUUAUAAAGCGCUGUAAAUACGGGUUUAACAGUGUUUAAGAUCUCAAGUUAAUAAAUGGAUUGAUUUAAGAAGUAAAAAGGGUAAAAAUGAAGAGGAUACUACUUCAAGUGACUGUUUCCCUGCUAACAUGUUUCCUUGUUUGGAGUGAUGAAACAAAUGUGGUUCAGAACGAACCGUCUACUUGCGAUUACAGUCCCGCAUGUUAUAACCCUCUCUGGUGUGUGGCCGUGCUAUCUGCACGGGAAUGCUCGAAUCGUUCUCGAUGUUGUGCUGACGUUUACCACAAAGUUGAAUGUUUAAAAGACUUGUUAAACAAUAGAACAAAUACGUUGAAUAUGUCGUUGGAAUUAGUGGAUAGCUUGAUGAAGAAUACAAGUGUAUCUCAGUCUAAACUCGAUGAGCUAAGAAAAGAAACUGAUGCAUUGAAAACACGCUGUAAUGAAAACGAAAAUGCAGCAUUGUCACAAAUGAAAUCACUGAUCACCGAUAUAAGUUCGGUAAAAUCUAAACUGGAUUCUUUAGGUAAGAGUUCAUCAGAUGUUAUCAAUAAAACCAUAUUUGUAAACAAGGAAAUUGAGGCAUUAAAGCAACGCAAUUAUAGGACCGAUAAUGUUCUGAGCAAGUUAGUUAAUGAAAUAAAGUCUACUUCAGACAAGUUAAAAUCAGUUGAAGCAACAAUUUCGAAACAAUUUGACGAGACACAAACUCAAAUAUCUGAUAUUACUGGUAUGUGGGAUAAAAAUAUUUCAAGCUUCGAAAGUAAAUGGCGAGACCUAUUCAUCAAUGAAACGGAGACUGUAAAUCAAACAUUCAACUCAUUGAACCUUAAAUUAAAAGAUGCUCUGAACAAUUUAAAUACUUCCAUUGAAAUGUUGAAUACCACUAUAGAAAAUGUAAAAGCAAAAUCUAAUCAAGACUUGCAAGAAAAGUCAACAGAAAUACAAAAUAACAUUAAGAGUGUUCAAGUAAAAUUAGACAGCUUAGAAAAUAGUUUUAAAAUAUACAAAAGCGCAACUGAAGAUGAUAUAAAAAACAAAGCAGAUGAUGUAUAUGACAGGUUACUUGAAAAUAUAACGAAGGAGUCAAGUGAACUAAAUAGCAGAUUAAAGGAGCUAAAAUACAGAAUGGAUCGAGAAACUUCAGGUAUGGGUGAUAAAAUAACACAACUAACGAGCAGUCUAACAGAGUCCAAAGAGGACUUCGAACAUAAAAUUAAAAAAGAUACUGAAACACUGCGUUCUGAAAUAGAUCUAAUAACUGAUAACUUAGACAAGCAACUGAAAGAACUGUCAGCAAACACGAAGAAAGAUAUUGAGGACAAAAAAAAAGAAAUACUACAAAUCGGAAAAAAUAUUGAAGAAUACAAAAGUGAAAACGCUCUGAACUUACAAGAGGUAAAGAAAAGUUUGACAGAUUUAAUACAUAAAAAGGUAUCAGAAGUUCAAACGAAAAUUGACCAAUCGAUUGAGAAUGUAUAUAAGGAUAUUGACGAGCUAAGAGAAGAAAUAGGGAAGCGUAUAAAAGACGAAGUGACCAAACUAUGGCAACAAACAAUUGCCGUUAAUCAAACACUUAAUGAACAGAAGGAAAAGGUUGACAUCAUAUUACCAAACACAUUUAAUAAAGAAAUGUUCAUCAUAGCCUUUCUAAUACUUGUGGUACUGCUGGCCAUCAAUUAUGGUAUUGUAUAUGUACUAGUGAAACGCACAUCUCCUUCUCAACCUGUACUUAGGAGGGAAAUGGCAAACAGCGUUCCUUCUGCAUCAAGUUUUGGCGAAGAGCCCCACUCGCCCGUUCAGGUAUAUAACAGACUGGCAUUUGCUAAAUCACUUCCGAAUGAGUUGUCCACCCCUCUUGAAGAUUCUAUUGGUGUGAUCAGCUUUUAUGAAGACUCUCAGAAACAUCACAAGCGUCUUAUGAAAAGCGUAGAAGAGCGUCUUCCUGAACGUCUGCUUCAUGACGUCAAAGUUGAAUACCACGUGGUCCGACGUCACGAAAAUAUCCCGGGAUUACCGCAUUCAAAACUGUGUAUCAUGUUUGUCGAGUUUUCCGAAAGGCAUGUGAUAAUAGAGGAACCAGGUAUAGGCCUAGGUGAUCUAAAGCGGAGAACUGCAGAUUUCAUAAGUAAAAUGGGAGCCUGCCUGGUGAUCGUGUACGUAAAAGACCCUGGAUCAAGACACCUGAAAGGUUCGGAACUCUUCAACAGCGCGAUUCACUGUGCAAAAUCACAACCUGAACUGGUAGCUCUAAGCGAACGUGAACGAUUCUUGAGUAUAUAUGACAAAUUUAACAACAGACAAGCUGAGCGUCUUGUUGAUAUAAUAACAGCAAAUAUCGGUAAUACCCUAAGCGGAAAUAGACCUAAUCUCAGACUUAACUUACAGAGUUUAAAGUAAUGGGAUAAAACUUUAUUGUAGCAGAAAGAAAAAAGAAAACACUAAUUUCAUAUCGAAACUAUACGUUUUUAAGGCAAAUGUUUAGUAUAUUGAAGUAUUGCAGUAGUAAUUAUACAAACAGGCGUAUCUUUCUCCAUGUUUAAAGGUAAAUGCAUUAUUUUAGGACAAGUUUUAGGUUUGGCAAUUUUUUUUAAAAGAAAAUCUGAGGCCGACCAUUCAAUUUUGUAUAUGAUACAAACACUGAAGAUUCAGUUACAGACUCAAACAUUUACCUUUUCUGAAAGUGACUGGUUGUAAAGUUGGCUUUUUUGUAUAUUUUAUCUACUAACAGCAGUUAGUCGGUCGUAGUAAUGCCAUAAAAAUGUUUUACAAUGGCACUACGUAGGUGAGCUAUCCGGUAUGGUUUGUACAUGUACUUCAAAGGUUUUAAAUAUCACAGUAUUUUUCAUAAUAAGUUUAUUGACAUGUUAGUAUUACUGAAAAAACGUUUUGUUGAAGCAAUUCACAGGCUGAAUAUUUUAUAUCAACGUCUUGAAAGGUCAAAGAACAAUGUCAGGCAUUGAUCUGUAACAAGAAAAUGCCAUUUCACAAGAAUCUCUUCAAGUCCCCUUUGUUUCAGUUAUCGCUCUUGUAAGAACACUCGGCAGUUCCGUGUAAUUACGCUUUUUCGUUUAUCAAUUCGGCAUUCGUGUGGCGCAAAGCAGCUCAGCGCACACAAAACAUAACGACCCCCACCCACCACGGAAAAAUUUCGAAAUGGCGAGCAUACAUAAAAGGCUUAUUUUUAUUAGUGGUCUUCUACCUUCAGGACUUAAAAAUUUUAAUAACAAUAAAGGAUAUGGAAUGACCAUCGGGGAAUUACAGUUUGAUUUUGACAUUGGGAGGUUCAAUUUAUAGACUCAUCUGCCGAUUGGGGGAAAUCAGAACUGAAUAACAUAACCUAAAUAACGGAGAGUUCCAUUAUUUAAAGAACAAUCAAAUUUUCUAGCAUUAACUGACCAAUGAUACGACGCAAACGUGGUAAAGGUUUUCUCGUUAAGAAAACUAUGGUACUGCUAAUGGAGUAUAACUUUUAGUUGUAUAAUGAAAAAUUUCCUUCGAAAUCAGUGUGCAUAUCCGUCCUCGCAAAUGAUGAUUUUGUUGUAAGGAUACACGGAUUAGAGAAUGUUUUUGAAUUGAUUUAUGUUCCGUUUACAUGUUAUAGAAAAAACAAUAGCAUAAUGUACUAAUUUUUAUAAUACAUGUAUAUUUAUUUGUCAUGAAACUAUAAGAAUGCGAGGUUAAUAUAGCUGUAUAUUUGUGUUAAUUUUUGUUCGCUUACUGACUUUAUGAAUCAAAAUGUUUUAGCCCCAUGAUCUCAAGAGAUUUACAAAUCAUACUUUAAACGUGAUACCAUAACUCUUCAGAGCUUGUACUUAUAGUGUAAAGGUUGUAUAUUAAAAGUAUAGAAUCAUUUAAAUAUGUGUAAAAAUUUCAGCUCUUUUUUAUUUCAUAACCGAUUCAUUUUUCUGAUUUCGGUUCCGUUUACUUACGUAUUUGUCAUAGCUCUUUUACUAAACAGUAUUAUUAGUUAGCUUGAUGCGAACAUUCAUUGCAAAAAUGUAAAAUUAUUUUCACGUACUAGUAAAUUCGUAUGAUGUUUUCAUCAUUUCUUCGUAGAUACUUGUCUUAUUUUCUGAUACAUUAUAGAAUUACACACAAAUGUUUAACACUGUAUGCCUUCUGUUUGUAUUAACUUGUUGGCAGGACUACUUGAAGUAUAGGUUGGCAGUCGUUAAGUUUUAUAAUGUAAGCUGAUAUCUCAGUUUCAAGUUCACAGAUGAUCUGUGAUGUAAUGCAUAUGUUCAAUUAUAACUCUAUUAUGUUUUUGACCUUUUUUCUUUUUGUUAAAUUUUGUUAAGUUUUUGUAUGUAAGCUGGUAUCUCAACGACCAUAUUUGAUUGUAUAUGUUCAAUUAUAACUCUAUUAUGUUUUUGACCAUAUUUGAUUGUUAUUAUUUAACAUGCAAUGCAUAGUUCCAAUAACUCUGGUUUGCAUUUUCACAUCGUUUUUCUCUUUUUUGACAUAACAAUUUGGGGUUAGAUUAUUGUAUGUAAACUGAUAUUUCAAUAUGGAUUGAAACGGCUAAGAAAAGUUUUGGUGUACUCUGAGGGGAAAGUUGUAUAGUUUAAAAUUGUUGUCCCUUUUUUGUACUAUGUCUUUUUUUUUAAUUAGUUUAACUUAUUUUUUUAGUAACAAACCUUUGAAUAGCCGAGUGUUACUGUCCACUGACAGGUCUUGUUAUUGAUAUUGUCAUAUUUAAUUAUUUGGUUUACUGUAUUUGCUUCUAAAUACCAAACAAUUGUUUCUCGUGUAUGUGUCUGGAAGGAAAAAAAGACCUGUAUUAAACACCAUACGUUUUUGAAGCUGCAUUAUUCAAAACGUGGAUGUUACUUUCAGCUCUUUAUCUUUACGUUUAACAUUCUCUAGGAACGUCUAUGUCUACAUGUGGUAAUUUGCUGUAAACAGCUCUAUAUUGUAAGUGCUUUUAACCUAAUUCAUUUGACACCGCUCUAAUCAAUUUAAAAGAGUUUGACAAUUGGCACAAUGAUUAGUUGCAAUGAGAGGAAGUAUUCUAAGGUUCUUUCACUGGUUGUAGAUUCAGAUUGGAAUAUCCGGCUCAACGGUAACCGAGGCUUUGCGUAAACAGUUACCCGAGAGCCAGAUUCUCUCAUCUGCAGCUUUCUUGCGACCAUAUUUAACAAUAGUAUGCCUUUUUUAUACCACUUUCUUCUUACAGCAGCGUAUUAACAAACAGGAAGUACGUUACGGCGUUACAGAAACAAAAAGCAGCUUAAUAGUUCCGUUUUGUUUUGUCAUCUGCAGAGGAGUGUUAUGGGUUUUCUUUUUCGAAAAAAAUAACGUCUUUAUGAAUCAAAUUUUUUUUUUUUUAUACAUUCGGUUUUACGUAAAAAAAGAUAAUUUCUGCACAUAACUACUACAUAGAUGUUGUUCGUUAUAAGCCAUUUACAACACGAGAGUCAUCAUACACCCCGGGAUUGUGAGAUAGAGCACCGGUUAAAACCCCGGAAAUCCAAGUCCGGUAUGCAAAAAUAAUAUUUUUAGGACCACAACCUUAUAAUAAUUUUAUAAUCAUCUCCUACAUGCAACUAUCAAGCUUUAUCGCAGGAACAUAUAUUGGAAUGAAACUGCACAUAUUGCUUCCCAUGCAGGCAUCAAACGUACUCACAUCGGAUUUAAUGUGAACUAUGGCUUUCCACUAAACUUUUGUAAACGUUUGUGUGCAGCUAACUACCAAGCAGUGUCCCAGAAACAACUACAUGAAUAGCAAUGAAAGAUCUUGUUCGUAUUAUCUCCGAAACAUUUAACAUUCAAUAUAGUACUUUUAAGCUAUUUGUACACAUUUAGUUAGUUAUUGUAAACAUCUGAAAUAACUUCAUAUAGUAACAUAAAUGUUUUUUUUAUGUGUAUAUAUUUUGUUUAUUCGUGUAAAAUUUUAAUGAAUCUGCUCUUAAAUUAUACAUUUUGUAGAUAUGUUCUUCUCUCCCUCGAGGAGAAAAUGAAAGUAUCUAUCUUAGCCGUAUCUUUAUAGUAACAAUUACAAGCAUUAGAUAUAAACUUUUAAAUAGUCGAGCGUAACUUUUAUUAGCAUAUUAAGACAAUAACGUUUAAUGUUUUUAAUUCUCUGAAGGAAAUUCAGUAGAAUUCUGACAAUGAGUGGAUAUGUACAGCAGACGAAUUAUAUGUUUGUCUCGAACAAUUUUAGAAUAAUGUCUUUUGUUUUACUAAGUUUUAACUUUUUGAAUAAAGCAUUAACUUUGA